AUGGAGUCGGCGAGGCGACUGGGGAUCCUGCAGGCCGUCGGUUUCCUCAUCUUCUUCAAUUCCUGCUCACGCGGAACGUCGCAGAAGAUAACGAUCGUACAAAAGAUUUUCUACGAGCUCGGUGGCGUCAACGCAGCGAUCCGGAAUUCCUUACUCGGCUUCGCCGGCUUCGACCUCGCGAUCUGCGCGGAUUCGUGUGCCAGGAACGUGGAAUGCGUGGCGUUUUCUCUCGAGACGAACCCCAGCACCACGGUCUGUCAAUUGGGAAGCGAGUCUUCAACCGUCGUGGAAAAUCCCCCCGGCAUGACAGCUACGCUCUAUUCCACCCGCUCCGUUCCACGCGGUUACAACCUCGCUAUGGUCACGGACAAGAUGCAUUUCCUCAAGCCUUUCACCGAAUUCAUGAACUACACCGAUGGGUUGGCCGCUUGCAAGGCGGACGGAGCGGACCACCUCGUUCAGGAUGACAAGGGCAUCUAUUGGCACGACUACACCGUACAGUACGCCACAUCGAAUAUUGCAUCGCCCAGCACCUUUUGGUUGGGAGGCGACGACCUCGAUGGGGAUCAUAUCUAUACUUGGAACGACGGAACGUUGGUGUCGGCUUCGCCUGCGACCUAUUGGGAUACCAUAGCCGGACAACCUUCCUUUGCUAAGGACGGGAUCCCAGAGCAAUGCAUGCAGAAUUAUUGGUUUUCAGACGUUGGGAUGGGUUUCCAUGGAUUUGGAGUCCUGCAAGUAAGAAUGUUGAAUGUCUCUGAGAAGAUGGGUUCCAAGCCAAUUGUCCAAUUCCCCAUUUUGUUGGAGGGCGUGCGCAUGUCUAGAAGA